UAAUUAUAAAUUCAUUUUAGUUUCAUUUUAAUUGUUUUUUAAAACUUUUUAGUCAUUAACUGAUCCAACAAUGGAUUUGUUGGGCUCUAUAUUGGGUUCAAUGCAAAAACCGCCGAAGACUAAGGCCAGUGAAGAACAAAAAAUGGCUAAAAAGGCCAAUGAAAAGAUGGAAGAGAUUCGCAAACAUGAGAGACAACAUAUGCAUAGAUUCAGACAAAAUAUUGAAGAGCAGAUCAAUAAGUUUAUGGCCAACGACUCGGAAACAAAAGUUGAGUUCAAACCGAUGGACAAAAUGCACAGAUGUAUUAUUCACGACGUGGCAGAGAUCGCAGGACUCAGCGCUUUCUCGUUUGGCACUGAAGACGUAGACAGACAUAUAGUGGUCUAUAAGAAGGAGUUCACACCCAAUGAGGACGAGUUAAAUGCUCUGCGAAAGGGUGAAGAAUACGAUCCGAAGAAAGUGGAACUAAUGAAACAAAUGGAAUUGGAAGAAAAGAACCAAAAGAAAGUCCACGAGAAGGAUAUUAUUCCCAAUAAAGAUUUUAGAGACAAAUAUGAGAAGAUUAUUGGUUUGGACGCCGGCAAGAGUGCCGCUCAGGUGACCACACCUAACAAACAAUUUGGUUUUGUUCCUUCAGCUAAUAAACGAGACCAGAGAUCAAUUGAGCAGAUAUUAGCCGACAAUAAGAAAAAAAAAUUUAAGAAUGAAUCGGAAGAUAAUGUAAAUUAA